GUUGAGACGUGUAACGAAACAGAUCGAAAACUUAGUCUUAAAACUAAGAGUUUCAAACAUGGACGCCGCUUUGUCCGUGGCUCGAGUGAAAAGCAUUCAAGCCGCGUUCCAGGUCCUUGCUUUAUUGCAAAUGACAGCCGUAUACUUUCCCAAGCAGACGAUAGUACAAGAUGGUACUCGUUACAGUUUCAUAAUAGUCGGCGGUGGAAGUGCAGGCUGUGUGCUCGCCAAUCGACUGUCUGAAGACAACCGAUACAAUGUACUGCUUAUUGAGGCUGGCGGAGACCCGCCUCUUGAGUCAAAGCUUCCAGGUUUGAUGGGGUACAUCCCAGAAACACCUCAAGACUGGAACUACACCGAGCAAUAUGACAAAAACCGGAAUACUUUUCAAAACAACCGUGUACUGCCACUGACACAAGGAAAAAUGCUCGGUGGGGGAAGCAGUGCUAACUAUAUGUUCUAUGUGAGAGGAAAUCCUCACGACUACAACUCCUGGGCACAUGCUGUUGGAGAUCCAUCCUGGGACUACGAACAUGUCUUACCAUAUUUCCAAAAAAGUGAACAUAUGGAUGAUUCGGGUAUUCUUAGUUCAAAAUCCAGAAGAUUUCAUGGCACUAAUGGCUACCUACAUGUCACAAGACAACCUCAUGAAGAAGCCACUAACUAUCUCAAUAUGUUUCAUGAACUAGGGUACAAAAUACUUCUGGAUGUUAAUGGAAAUGAGCAGUUAGGCUAUGGUGAACCAUCUUUGACUAUCGCUGAAGGUGUACGGCAGAGCACGGCGUAUAGUUUCCUCAGGCCAAUCAAAGAUCGACAAAACCUACACGUUCUCAAGCAUACACUAGUCACUAAAAUUCUUUUAGACAAAUCUAAAACUGCUGUUGGUGUAGAAGCGUUAAUAGAAAACGGGACGUUAAUAAAAAUAAUGGCGGAGCGAGAGGUAAUAGUUACUGCUGGUGCAUUUAACUCUCCAAAAUUACUUAUGCUCUCGGGAAUAGGUCCAAAAGAACACUUGGGAUCUUUUGGAAUUAAAGUUGUCUCUGAUUUACCAGUCGGACAGAAUCUACAGGACCAUCCGGCUGCAUUAGUCGUAUACAAGUUUAAGAAGGCAAAUGCCCCUCCACAGCCUCAAAAUUACAGUUUGUCACCUUCUGUUUCUAUGGUAGGAUACGUAGCAUUUAACAAAUCGCAAACGUACCCUGAUUACCAGUCCAUUUGCUCACACAUUCCAAACAAUUCGUCUGAAGCUAUCACCUUAUGUUCUUUCAAUUAUGCACUAGAUUAUAACACAUGUCAAGCUAUUUAUGAAGCUGGUAAAGGCAGGGAACUACUGUUAUGUAUUCAAAACCUCUUAAGUCCUAAAUCGCGAGGUGAAAUUGAGCUUCAGAGCAGAAAUCCUAAUGAUCAGCCUUUAAUCUUCUUCAGAACUUAUUCAGAUGAAGAAGAUUUGGAAAAAAUGGUGAAAGCGUUUGAGAAAUUGGACGAGAUUAGGAGUUCAAAGUAUUUCAAGGCUGUGGCUGGUGAAAUUGUUGAUCAUAGGUUACCGAGGUGUAAAGGGAUGGUGUUUGGGACACGGGAGUACUGGCGAUGCCAUGUUCUGAGUACAAGGUUAACGAUGUACCAUUUCUCUGGAGCAUGCGGCUUGGGGCGAGUGGUGGACUCGAGGCUGCGAGUGUUUGGUGUGAAGCGCCUGCGCGUUGCUGACAGCUCCACCAUGCAUAGCGUACCUAGUGGCAAUAUUAACGCUCCUGUCAUUAUGAUUGCUGAAAAGGCAGCGGACAUGAUUAAAGAAGAUAAUCGGUUCAAAAUAUAGGUAAUAAUUUCUUAUUAAUAUUUAAUAAGAUUUUGGUAUUGACUUUAUUUUAUCAAAAAGAUUCAGUUACAGGUAGAUUUUUUCCCAUAUAAACGUGGACAACCAUAGUUGUAUGUGAAAUAUCUUAAAAGUAAUUUAUUUAUCAAUUUCAUACCUAUGCCUGUUAGUUUGAGAUUUAAAUGAUGUAGGUACAAGGUAAAACAAGAAACAGCAACAAGAUAUCAGUUGUAAGUAGGUACCUACACGUAAAACUUUCAUAAUGAAAUAAACACUACUUAUCUGCCAAAAGUUUUCGGGUUCUUCUCGAUACGACGAUUCUACUUUGGUGGAGUUACGUAAGAUAAAAGUAAACAAGAUUUCAUCUUAUUAUUUAUGUAAUUCUGAUUUAACAACGGUUUAUUUAUGUUACGUAUGAUUAGAAGGCAAACGCAAAAAUUAUAUUACCUACAUACCUACAUGUGUAUGUACUUUAUGGGAAACUAGCUUUUUCCCGCGGCUUCGCUCGCGAUAGAAAGAGACAAAAAGUAGCCUAUGUCACUCUCCAUCCUUUCAACGAGUCAGGUCAAUUCGUCGCUUCGUUUUCCCGUGAAAGACGGACAAACAAACAGACACACACACACACACUUUCCCAUUUAUAAUAUUAGUAUGGAUUACAGUACAUAAUUUAAACACGUAAUAAACUGUACCUAUUUUGUAUUUUUCGGCGGCUUUCUACCGUACCCUCCAAAAAACCCUUCAAUAUUCCCCAGCAUACCUUAUUUUUGACCUGUACCUACACGCCUCCUUUUCUCCAACGACACUCUCGCACCCGACACUCCGGAGACCGCGGCUGCGCUGCAAGACAAACACCCCCCCGGUCCGACCUCCCCUGCUUACAGCUGUCUCGGCGCCAACUACGAGUUCGUAGCGUUUGGCGUCGAGACACUCGGACCAUGGGGUAAGGGAGCGCGUGGGCUUGUAAGGGAUUUGGGGAAACGGUUAAGGGAGGCAACAGGUGACCCUCGCGCCGGCAGCUUUCUCGCGCAAAGAAUUGCUAUUGCAAUACAGCGCGGGAAUGCUGCUUGCGUGAUGGGCACCCUGCCGAGGGGCCAGGGCCUGGAGGGUAGUUUUUAGGUUUAUUUAUUUCUUAUAUAAGUUAUAGUUUAAGUUUUUUUCCACUAUUUGUACUUAUGUGCAAUAAAGUAAAUAUAAAUAAUAUAUACACAUCUGUGAAUAUCAUGUACCUAUAUUAUUAUACUCGUCUAUUCAUCUGUGUAAUGUAAUAUAGGUACACGUAUAAAGAAGUACCAAUGUUGUAAUAAGUAUUCAACAUCUUUUUAACUUUACUCAUUAGUGAUCGUAGAGUUGAGAAGCGCUCUGAACACUCGCCUUUACUAAUUAGUUGAAUGUUUUAGUUCCUUUCUUGUAUCGAGCUUCCACGCUGCUUGCAUAAUGUAUUUGCUUUGGACUUGGUCCUGUAUUUCGCCUACUUUAGACUUAACACAUGUAAGUACAUAGAUAAUGAGGAUCUUAGCAGUUUUGUGUUGUGCGGGACUUCAUUUGACAGUUCUGGCAAUAUCGCGCAGCAUGCUAGGUUUACACGGGCUUAGUAGUUGACAAAAUCUUAUAAGUAUUUAAGUAGUAUUCUUGCAACUGCGAGUGCAAGACAUUAGAAGCUAGUUUUGGUUACCUACUAAGCGACUUUUAGUUGAAACGGAAGCAGUUGGAAGCGUAAUGGCCCCGGCAAGGCCAAAGGUCACAGGUUCGAGUCCUGCCUGAGGUGUGAAUUUUUCAAUUUUUCCUUUAAUUUAA